AUGGAUCGGUCCAGCGGGCCCAAGAGCAUCUUCCCCAAGGGCCCCAACUUCAGCCUCGAGGACUUCUCCAACAAGGAUUUCAUAGUCCGAGACUUUGUGGAUAGUCUUGCAGAGAGUGCCAUGCCCUCUAGCCGUCGCUCGGGGCCAACACAAUCCACAACAUUUGAUCCGAAGCCGCUGAUCCGAAGCUUUGAGAAUGCCUUAUCUCAGCUUGCCGUCCUUGGAGACGAACUCCAAGAGAGGGAAUCCGAGCUUCUUUCCCAAGUGCGCCGGGCUGAAAUCCAACACGACCAGACACUCGAUACCCUCGGCCGUAAGCUCGACGAAACCAUGGAGUCAUUCGAAGCCCUCGAUAUCUCACUGAAUCCCGGCAGCACCAAUGGCAAAGAUGUGAACGGGAAACCUGACAAUGGCGGAAAUAUCGCCGUUCAGAUCGGAGAGAAGCUAGACGACUUGGACAAAAAGAGAAGAAGGGCGCAGGAUACAAUCUUUCUAAUAAACUGCUGGACGGAACUUAGCGAAACCGGGUUAUUAUCAUCCCUUGAGGAUAUCAGGCGGCAAGGCGGCGCCGAGAACAAAGUGCGAUGUGCCGUCAUUGCUCGCCAACUAAUGAGAAUCAGCCAGCAGCUCGACCCGCUGGCCUGGGGAACACGGAAUGGCAACAGAGCCAGUAUAGCCAGCUUUGCGACACUGACGAAUCGAGCACGCAAUACUCGUGAGAUCCUCGAGAAGUUUUGCGAGACGUUGGAACAAGAUCUGCUGCAGCAGUUCAACAACAGCUACAAGCGGCAGAACUUCAAUGACAUGAUGGAAUGCGCAAAGGUGCUGUACGAUUUCAACGGAGGGGCUAGCGUCAUUGCAGUUUUUGUAAACCAGCAUCAAUUCUUCAUUGACCGGGACCAGCUUAUGAGCGACGAAAUGGCAGCUGACGGCGAAAUGUGGGAAGCUUUGGCUGACCCGGACACGGAACCUCCAGGUAUCGAGCCGAGCUUGCAGUCAUUAAUCGAUGAGGUCAAGAUCGUCAUGCAGGAAGAAUCAUUCAUCAUUAAACGGGCGUUUCCUUAUUACGAAACAGUACUCAUCAAGUUUAUUCAGCGAGUCUUUCAGCAGUCUAUACAACAGCGGUUGGAGAAGGUUCUAGACAAAGCCGAAUCGGUCUCAAUAUUGGCGUUUUUGAGAUCCUUGCACUCAUCCAGGAGUUAUAUCGGCUCUCUAGUGGAAGAUUUGAAGAUGCACGGCCUGACCGAGCACCCAGAGCCUUGCUCGGCGCAAAUUGCACAAGCCCUAGACCAGCAAUUAGACGAGCUCUUCGUCCCUUUCCUCGUGGGUAGUGUCUAUAUUGAACGAGAAAGGAAGAGCCUGGAAGAACUCUACGGCUCUUUGCUUUUCAAGUUUAGCAUAUUCCACUCAAGGCGCAAGAAGGCGCCAUCCGGGUUUAUGGCUUCAUUGGCCCAACAAGGUACGCAAAUCAUACAAUCCGCCAAGGACGCGUAUCUCGAGCGGCUCGAAUCUUCUGAGCUAUCGGAGACGCAAAAGGCGAUGAUGCUGCGAGUUGCUGGCCUGCAGGACAAGGGAGACAGGGAGGACAAGAACGAGAUUGAAGUAUCAGACGAGGAUGGAAUACUUAGCGUCUCAAAUGCCAAGAGGAUGUUGAAGUGGAUGGCGGAGAGCGUCCAGAGAGUUCUCGAGUUGGGAUCUCAGCUCGACACACCGAAAGACGUCAACAUCCUGCUAAACUUGCUACUCACAAAUAUGGGCCAAGUUUACAUCGACACUGCGCUGGACGCAGCACACUUCCAGGCCACCAUCCUGGAGAACACCAAGACAGAGCCAGACAUGUCCUACUUACCACCUAUCCGGCCUGGCGUGACAAUCUCAGCUCUCAUGGAACGAUUCAUCAGCACCGUGCUCAUUCGACUGGCCGAAUCCAACACGACUGUGCGCAAGAGCAUGGAAGCCCAGAAGAAAAUGGCUAUUGACGCCAUCGAAAAGAAGACCAACGCCAUUUUGAAGGUAUCCAUCGACGUCAUUGUAAAUUGGGUCAUCAAGUCCUUAGGCACGCAGAAGAAGCAGGACUUUAGGCCCAAGGACGGCGAGCUGGAAUCGCUCCAGACCGCUACGUGUCUGCACAUCUGCCAGUUCCUCGCCCGGGCGAGCCAGCACGCAAGCCAGGCCAUCGACGGGCACAACGCGGAAAAGUUCUUCAGCGAGCUCGGCCUCGUGCUCCACGCGCAGCUCUUUGACCACUUCAAGAGGUUCCAGGUCAAUGCCACGGGUGGUCUGAUGGUCACGCAGGACAUUGCAAAGUACGUCGCUACGCUGCGGGCGUGGCCGCUGGCCAAGGACGUGGAGACGGCGAUUGAGAUGCUUACGGAGAUUGGGUCGCUGUUCAUUGUCGGGCCGGAGGCGCUGAGGGAGAAGGUGAGGACGCUGGCGCCGGGGUCGAACUCGGUGAGGGGGAAGCUGUCCAAGGCGGAUUUCAAGGCGUUUGUGCAGAAGCGAGACGAUUCGGGGUCUAUAGGCAUACAGGGUAUUUUGACCGGCUUAUGA